UCCAACGACUCCGCGGAGCGCUGGCUGCGCCAAGAUGAGCGGCGUCCCCGGUACCAUCUGAACGUCUGACCGCCUGACUGAGAGAGAGAGAGAGAGAGAGAAAGAGAGAGAAAGGAAGAGAGAGACCAUCUUUCCUCUCUUCAUCUUCCAUUCGUUAGGAAGAGACCGCAGCGCCAGCCGUUUCUUUUUCCAGCCCUCCUUCUCCUCCUGCUCUCGCUGCAUCCCUCCGUUAGCUCGCUCUCCCGGUUCAGAGGAGAAACCGGAGAGCAGGGUCGUGAUUUUGUGGAAAUACAUUUUUGCAUUUUUCCCUGCUGGGUGUUGGUAGCGCGCAGUUGCUGCGCGCUUUGUAAAUUCCGGUGAAUGGUGGAUUUGGCAAACAUGGAGACCGUGGAGAAGGAAUGCGGGGCCCUCGGGGGUCUAUUCCAGGCGAUUGUCAACGACAUGAAGUGCUCCUACCCUGUGUGGGAGGACUUCAGCGCCAAGGCCACCAAGCUGCAUUCCCAGCUCCGAACCACUGUGCUGGCUGCUGUGGCCUUCCUGGAUGCCUUUCAGAAGGUGGCAGACAUGGCCACCAACACUAGAGGAGCAACCAGAGACAUCGGUUCAGCUCUGACCAGGAUGUGCAUGAGGCAUCGCAGCAUUGAGGCCAAACUUCGCCAAUUCACAAACGCUCUGAUGGAGAGUCUGAUCACUCCUCUUCAGGACAAGAUAGAGGACUGGAAGAAAACUGCCAACCAGCUGGAUAAGGACCAUGCCAAAGAGUACAAGAGGUCACGCCACGAGAUCAAGAAGAAGUCAUCUGACACCAUGAAGCUGCAGAAGAAAGCUCGUAAAGGCCGAGGGGACUUGCAGCCUCAGCUGGACAGUGCCAUGCAGGAUGUGACCGACAUGUGCCUGCUGAUGGAGGAGACAGAGAAGCAGGCUGUGCGCCGAGCCCUGGUGGAGGAGAGGGGACGCUUCUGCACCUUCAUUGGCUUCCUGCAGCCUGUAGUGAAUGGAGAGAUCGCCAUGCUGGGAGAGAUCACUCACCUUCAGGCCAUCAUCGACGACCUCACUGUGCUUACAACUGAUCCACACAAACUGCCCCCAGCUAGUGAACAGGUGAUAAAGGACCUGAAGGGCUCAGAUUACAGCUGGUCCUAUCAGACGCCUCCUUCUUCCCCCAGCAGCUCUGGAUCUCGUAAGAGCAGCAUGUGCAGCAGCGUCAACAGCGCCCACAGUAGCGCCUCCCGCUCCUCAGGGGGAGGCGGUAGUGUUGGUUUUGGUGGUGGUGGUGGUGGGGGCUCUCAGCCCCACUCACCCACCUCAUCCUCCUCCUCCGUUCGCUACCGCAGCAGCCUGCCGCACCAGAAUCUGCCACCGGGGGGCAUCGCUGCCCACCGCCUCAGCAGCGUCUCCUCCCACGAUUCAGGCUUUGUGUCGCAGGAUGCAAAUAUCUACUCCAAGCCGCCCUCACCCAUGCCCUCAGACAUCACUAGCCAGAAAUCCUCCAGCUCAGCAUCAUCAGAGGCCUCAGAAACGUGCCAGUCAGUCAGUGAAUGCAGCUCUCCCACCACUUUUGGCACGUCCUUCGCUACCUUCCGCCCCGCUCUCUCUCACUCUGGCUCCACCAGGCCUCUCUCUGUCAUUCUUCCUGUUCCUGCGUCCCCACCCUAUAACCGCCCCCCUGGAUCCAGCUCCUCCUCUCCCACAUCAAAGGUUCCUAUCUGGAAGGAUUGGUCCAAAGCAGGUCAGUAUGAGCAGCCAGCGGCGGCAGCAGCAGCGGUUCAGAGGAGAAAGGAGCCUAUGGACAGAUUGAGAGAGAGCGAAGGGUCACCAAGCGCACAGGGAUACGCCGUUGCAUCAUCAUCGUCGUCGCACCCCGAGGACCCGCAGAGAUCCAGGAUGACUCCGGCUAACAUUGCCGCCAAGCAUGGAGACGAAGUUUCUCCUGCUGCCACUGACCUGGCCAUGGUGCUGACCAGAGGACUCAGUAUGGAGCAGCAGAAGAGCAACAGAGACUCACUGCAGUACUCGAGCGGCUACAGCACAGAGACCACUACCCCGUCCUGCUCCGAGGACACAAUCCCCUCACAAGGCUCAGAUUAUGACUGCUACUCAGUGAACGGCGACGCUGAAGGUCCUGAUGGACAGACAGACUUCGACAAGUCCUCCACCAUCCCUCGCCACUCCAACAUCGCUCAGAACUACAGACGUAUGAUCCAGACCAAGAGGCCUGCCAGCACCGCCGGGCUGCCCAGUGGGGUCCUGGGUCCUGGGGGUCAUGUGAUCCCUGGACAGCCAGGCGCAACUGGUGGAGGAGGAGCAGGAACUCCAGGCACCGCCACCAUCCGCAGAACCCCGUCUACUAAACCUGGUGUGAGGCGCACUCUAUCUAACGCGGGACCCAUCCCAAUCCGACCACCCAUCGUGCCUGUAAAGACCCCCACUGUCCCCGGAGACUCACACUCACCUGGUGCAGGUGGAAGUGGGUAUGCAGGUGGAGGGCAUGUGGGUGGCGUGCCUGUGCGUGUGGGCAGUGAGGAGUGCGUGUUCUUUGCCGGAGUGGACGAUGCACAGGGAGCGCUUGAUUAUGUAAAGGCGUCACCUAAGCGCCUCAGCCUGCCUAAUACCGCCUGGGGGUCCGGGGCGGCGUUGGAGGUCUACGCCCAGCAGCACGGGGGUCUAGUCCUGGGCGCCACCUCAGGGGCCGGAUCAGAGGAGGAGCAGAUGAUCGCCGCCAAUCGGCACAGCCUGGUGGAGAAGAUCGGUGAGUUGGUAGCCAGCGCACACGCUCUGGGAGAGGGUCAGUUUCCUUUCCCCGCCCUCCCUGAUGACCCCGCUCUACAGCCUACCGGCACCGCCGACUCUCAGACAGGGACAGAGGGGGCGGAGGGGUCUGGUGACAUGUUGACCACCAUCAGGAGAGGAGUCCGCCUUCGCAAGACCGUCUCCAACGACCGGUCGGCCCCGCGUAUCUUGUGAUUGGAGGAGAAGCAGGAAGAAGAUGAAGUUCGUCAGCCAAUAGGGAGUCAGGUGUUGGUGUGAUGCAACCCAACCGCCUAGUACACAAAAACUUAACCAUGUAGGAAGAGCUCUAAUAUAACAGAAGAUGAAUGAAAACAAAAACAUACACAAAAAAUAAGUGUAAAGACAUCAUUAGAGUAAAUGAUAUAUAAUAAUAUAAUGAUAAUAAUAACAUUAAUAAUGUUAACCAAUGCUGACAAGUUAAAGUUAAAUAUUGACAGGCUCUUAGACAGCCACUAUAACUAGUGUGUGUUGGACGCAUGUUUGUCUUCUCUACACCUCCACCCAGGGACGGAAAGACUCGCAGGAAAAACAGAUACGAUUAAAAAAAGGCAAAGAAAGAGAGAAAGACUGGGUUCUGUUUGCCAACGUAUCCCCUUCCCUUUCAACUAACCCAACUGUCAAACGCCAGAGGAAGGACUGAGGCGAGAGAGAAAGGGGUCAGAGUGCCAUGUGCCCAGCUGGAUUUGAACCCAGGCUGUCUCAGCAGCAACAUACUGUACUUAUUAGCCCACUGAACUGAAGCUUUGGUAUUAGCACGGGGAGCUAACAAGCCAGAGGGCUCCUCUGGUUCACCCUAAUGUAAAAGAGUCUUUAAAAAAUACUGUUGGCAUUGAACCGUGCUAGUGCCCCCUUCCCCUCUCUCUCUCUUUGUGUGUUGUGUGCAUGUGAGCGAAUAUGAAGAAGCAAGUGUGUGAUUGGCUGCGUGCGUGCGUGCCUGCGAGGGGGGCGGGUAGAGCUCUGCUGCAGGACAGCUGGUUACCCAAUGAGAGCAGGGCUUUUCUCCUGUGUGUCGUGCGUGUAUUUUCUUGUUUAUAUCGUGACGUCAUUUACCUUGUUACCACUGUUGGAGAAGAAGUAAUCCAGGCGUAUAGAUAUAUUCAUAUAUAUUUUCUAGAACCAGAGAGAAAAUGUUAAAUCAGAAAUGGAGCAAUAAAUGUGUUUUAUUUUCUUGUUUCCGAGAAGAGCAUCAGUGGAGGAUCUCUGUGGGUUCCUCCUGUGUCACAUUCAGGCAAUCAUCAGGAAUGCUAAAGUACACAUCGACUGUGAAUCCAUGCCGAGCCUAGUGUGGGCGAGUCUCUCUCUGUCUCUCUCCGUCUCUCCCUGGAGAAGGAUGUGGAACAAAACUUUAAGCACUUUGAUAGGAUUUUAGAGUACGUACAGUAGCCACUAGGUGUCGCUGUAGUCAUACAGUGUGAGAGGGAGGGUGGAAGUGAGAGUUGCCAAAAGGACUGCGUUCUGGGGAAUUUAUUUAAUUUGUAGAAGAAGAAAGAGAGAAAGGGACUAAGAGGAAGUGAUAAACACUGGUGGGAUUGGAGUGUUGGAUCAAAUGAGAGGUGGGAUUAGAAAGUAGAGCAAAUUAUUUAUCUAAUAAUGGAUUGGAAGGUUUGCAUUGGUAUCUGAAGAACUGAGCACAUAAUGCAAAAAACCCCAAGACACAAGUUUUAAACAGCUGGGUCAUUCAAGAAAAGUCAGCAACAGCUCAUAAAGUUCACCUAUCCAGGUGAGGCGUCUGUCUUCACUCAUUAAUAAAGGUCAAUGUCAGCUGGUGUCCAUUCACUGAUUUUUAACGGUAUAGCCUCAAACAUUAGCUUCAGUACUUUGAAUCAAAAGACCAUAGCUUGUCUUUAAUUGUUUCUACUUUAUAUUAGCCCCUCAAACUCACUGUAACUGUAAAAGAGGAUUACGGCCACUGCAAAAUCCAACUUUUUUGGUAUUCUCUGAAAAAAAAUCUGAAUUCUGAGGGAAAAAUCCUCGUCACUUGCAUGGAAAUCUAACUUCCAUCCAUUCAUUAUUAAUGUUGUUUAUCCAGUUGAGAGUGGCAGAGGGCUUGAGCAAAUCCCAGCUGCCAUUGGGUGAGAGACACAGUUCAUGCUGGACUGGUCACCGGUCACUGACAUAUAGAGACAAACAACCAGGCACACUCACACUCACACCUACGGGCAAUUUAGAGACACCAGUUGACCUAACGAGCAAUUUUUUGCUCUGAGUGAGAAAGCUGAGGUAAUGGGCACACAUGCACAGAGAGAACAUAUAAACUCAUGGAGUUCUAAAAGUUCUAACUUUUAUCUCAGAAAUUUGACUUAAAUCUCAAAUCUACCAUGAAAAAAGUAAACUCUAAUAGAGAAAUUAUUGGAAAUUCAUUUUUUUAAUUGAUUUUUUCCCUCAAUAUUCUAACUUUCAUUUUUUUUAUGUCAUAAUUUAAGAUUUAAAGUCAGAAUGUUGACUUUUUUCAUCUUUCACUUCAGACUUAUAAUGAAAGAAAUUAAUUCUGAGAUUGGAAGACAUUGGAAGUUUCAGACUUGCAUUUUUUUUAAAUCUCAGAAAUCUGACUUUUUUCAUUUGAAAAUAAUAGAUACUUUUUUUUUUAUCAGAAUUCAGACUUUUUUCCCCAUUUUGAUGAAAAAAAAAUGUAUUUCAAUCUAUUUUUUGUCAGUAGCCUUAAUCCUUUUCCAUAGAAAUUACCACUGAAAUAUUACACUAUUAUUCAAACCUAUGAGCCUGAGAAAUAGAAACUGUUCUCUGCAUAGCUUUUAGCACGAAGCAUUAGUUUGAUUAAAUCAAAUGUGGGUUAAAGAUAUUUUAGGAAUCAUUAUUGAGAAAAUUAGGGUUCAAAAACUCUCAAACAUACAAAUUAUGUUUGUUGAAUAAACACUUAAAAGACAGGAGAAUAUUCAGGGGUGGAAUCCUCUUGGACUGUUUAGUGUUACGAGCUAUGCCUGUGUAUAUGACAAAAACACAUCCUACUGUCUUUAACAUUAAGCGUAUUAAAUAAAAAAAGGGGGGUAGAAAGAGGGCUGGUUUUCAUGAUAGGAAACAGAGGCUCAGUCAUCUGGGCUUCCGGCCUUGUUCACUGUGGACGGCACUAAGUGUUGAACCCAGGCCUCUUUGGAAUUCUGUUUUUUCAUGGUUGGGUUUUGACACAAAAAUAAUGACUAUUUCCAUUGCAGUCAGUGGAUGUGGGUUGGCUGUCCAGUCCAGUAGCAUGCCAGUUGGCAUCUUCUAAAUGGCAGCCAUGUACCUGAGUUUUUUGACGUCCUUUAAGGGUGACAGAAACUGCUUUGCAUGCACUUCUAGCUUUGUGCCUUUAAGACUAUCAGACACUAUAGUGACUUUUCACCACAGCCUAAAGCCAGCUUUUAUUCCCUACAUGAAAACCAGUCCAAACCAGUUUACAAAACAGAGAAUGAAAGAAGCAGAAAUGGACCUUUACACUCCUGAUGCUAGUGUGAAUUUAACACAAUAACUUAAGACAGAACAUGGAAUUAUAUUAUUUAAAUUCAAUUAAUUAAAUUGAAUUUAUUAAUUAAUUAUACCAUUAUGGAACAGAAUUAUACACUAAGAUAGAAUGCUGGUGAAAUCAAGCAGUUUCAAAAAAUAUCUUGGUAACAAGAAUAGACAUUCUUGAUUUCGAGUGUCAAACAUUUCGCUGAUUUUUGAGAAUCAAACCCUUGCUGUUGAAAACUAAAGAAUGUCUCAGUUCAGUUCAGUUCAGUUCAGUGCAGAUUGAGCUCAGGACCAGCUGUAUGAAAGGAUUAUUUAUGGACACAAAGAUGUGGGAAGGAACGGUGAGUCCAGUCUGAUGUGCUUGGAGAAAGGAGGGUUUAAGUUGACAGAGAGAGGAAAAUGCGUGUCAAGCAUUUCACUGCCUGUUGGAACAAUAUUUACUCCAUGUGCUGUACUUGUAAAUGAGAAUCAGGCGCACAGAUUUGGUAUAAAAGUUUGUUAGAGAACUACAUGGACUAUUUGUUUUCAUGAUUUAAUUUUUCAUUUUGCAGUACUGUUUAAUAUUUAGUCUUACUUUGAAUUAAUGUAAAAAGAAGAAAAACUCCAGUUGAAACACAAACUACUAAGCUGUGUAACAUAUGGAUGUAGGAUGUGUGGGCUGCGAGUGCGUGUGUCCUCGUCUGGAUGUUGACCUGUAGGAUAGUGAACUCUUCAUCACACGUCUGUACGCUCUCUAGCAGUGACCUGAGCAUAGCCAACACGCUCCAACAUGCUCUUUAUGUUGACUUAUUUCUUCAUUUCUCUGAAAUAGAGUACUGUUUUAUCUUGAUUUUGGCUAUUUGAAGAUUUUAAUUUUAAGUGAUAGAGAGCAGAAUGUUUGCAUCUUUAAACAUUGUCGCUUUCUGCCUGUGCACUUUUCUUUUUUUGUUAAACUGUGCUUCGACAAAGGGAUGUUUGAUUUCUUUGUCUUUGGGGGUACUUCUGUAUGUGUGUGCUGUCACAUGUGGAUGCCGUGUGUUGUAUCAGCUGAUUUUGGCGAGGUGAGAGGGUGGAAGGGGAGAGCAGGCGGGCUUGGACACGACAUAAACCCAAGUGUAUUUGUCUAACCUCAUAACACCAAAAGAAAGCCACAUACACCUGACAAUUCCAGAUAAACAUCUUUUUUCAAAAUAUUACGAGUAGAGUGCCGACACUCAUGCUGUUACUGGAGCCUUUUGGAGCCAAUCUAUGGCGGUUGGUAUACUGAAAACGCCGUCUCACAAUAACUUUAGGUUGAGCAAGAAACAUGCAAAGAGGCAGAUCUGAGGCCUAAAGCCUCCUGACGAACAAUGAGAAACUGCAACUCAAAGUUCUGAUAUUUCUUAACCAAUCAGAUUUAUUUUACAAAACAAUUUAGUUUUGACCUUUUAUGGUACAAACAUAAGUCAAGUGAAAGAAAAAGGACCUAUUUAAAAGAGUUUCCUGGACUCUGUGGUGCAUUUUUCUGCAUUAGUACCUUUUAUUUCCUUGUUAGACAUUAUAUAGCCAUAUAAGUGCAUCUGGUCAUUAAGCAUAUCUUAACCCACACAGGACUGGUUUUACUAGCUUUGAUAUACUGAAGGUUAGGGAUAUGAUAUUUAGAUAUUUUUGUACGUGACCCUUGGUGGUAGAAGUUUGCCUUAGAACAAAUAUACAAAUACAAAUAUACUACCACCAAGCUUAAUCUAAAGGAGACACUUUACUGUGUUUAUGUGAGGUUUAGGGAACAGGUUUGACUAUUCUUCUAUCAACUGUAGCAAUUUCAGUAAAGCUGCAGGAAUAUCAGAAAUUCUAAUGCUUCUCUAUGGAGGUCUAGGAGCCAGAUGUUCAAGUGCAUUGUGUAGCUGCAAGAAAUGUGAUUGGCUCUUGCCGUUGGAGGCUUGAGGUUAAUAAUAGAUAACUUAUGCAUAAAUUUAUAUUCUUCCUUAAAACAGGGGUUCUCAACCUUUUGAGCCCGCGACCCCCAAAAUAAAGGUGUCAGAGACCCCCGCCAUGCACGUGCAAGAAUAGUUAUGUGGAGACAAGGCCGCUUACUGGGGAAAAAUGAGGGCCAGCAAAAUCAUGGUCCAUUGUGAAGUUAAGCUGUGAUAUUUUAUAUUUAACCUGAACCAUAA